AUGAGUAAAAUCCUAGUGAUUUUGAAUCCCAGUGUAGAUACUGCUCCUGCGCAGAGAUUCAGAGGGGCCAAGACUUUGUCGCUUGACUACCCGGAGGUGAUACUAAUUCUCUUAACUCUCUUCAGGAAGACUGAAACAACCACCUUGACCAGCACGGAAGACACCAGUGGAAGGAAUGCUGAUAAGGAUGUAUUUGAGGCCAGUCAAAGAUAUGAAUAUCUUGAGCCAGUGCUAUUAGAGUUGGAAAGCAAACAUGAAGAAAAUACAGCAGCUGAAAAAAACACAGAACAUGAAGAUGUAGGUGCCCAACCUGCUACAGAAAUUACAACAAAAGAGAACUACUUUUUGACAGAUAAAAACGAUGAGCUGGCUGAUCCGUUAGCACUCAAUCCCAUAAAAUGCACUCCAGAAAAAGAGCUGAAAGGUUUUUUAAUAAUACAUUUAAGAAUUCAUUAUGUUAAUACAGGUACAGUGAAAGAAUCUGGUGAGAAACAUAAGGGAUCUGUUGAAAUUCCUAACCUGUCAGAAGAAAAUGAGGUAGAUGAUACAGAGAUAAAUGUUAGCAAAAAGAAAGGGGAAGGGGAUGUUCUGAAGGAUCUUAUGCGAACUGAAGGAACCAUGAAAGUCAGAGAGGCCCUCAGAGAUUAUCUGAAAGCGCUCAAAACAGGUAAUUUCAAACGCUUCAGUGCAUUUUUCUGCUCGAUUGAUUCAUCACAUUCUUUGGAUAUUGUUGGUGUAAAAAUUCCUACAGUAAAGAUAGUUAUGAAAGAAAUGUUCAACUCCCCAGCAGAUGAACUUUAUGGCAUCUUCACAACUAAGGAAUUGGUUCAGAAGUUCUCUAAAUGUCCUGCUGUGAUUGAAGCUGAAAAAGGAGGGAAACUUCAGAUGUUUGAUGGUUGUGUUAGUGGUGAAUAUGCAGAAUUGGUUCCAAGCCAAAGAAUUGUCUUGAAAUGGAGAUGUAGAAACUGGCCUGAUGAACAUUACGCAACGGUCGCCUUGAAUUUCAAGGCUGCGGCAGCUCAGACGGAACUGCAGUUGGAGUGCAAAGGAGUUCCGGUCUCGAACGAAGACAGUACAAGACAGUGCUGGAAGAAGCAGUAUUUUGAAGAAAUACAUACUUUACUGCAACAGCCCAAAGACAGUACUGAAUGAUAACUGCACUGUAGUUUUGCUAGGGCAUUACUUUUUAUAAAUUGUUAACAUUUGUUUUUUAAAAAAAUAAUUUAUUUGUGGGGAAAAAUAAAGCCCCACUUCUAUGAUACUGUAUAUAAUUUAAGCAUUAUUUAUGGAUUUUUAGUGAAUAAGAUGGUCUGUAAGUCAGAUUUUGUUCUACUUGCCUACAACUUAACUUUAGAGAGUAAUUAUGAGUCAGC